UGAAUCUGCCGUCCACCAUGAGCGCCGCUGUCUUUUCAGAAAGAAGUCCAGCUGGUCGAACUCGGUGGUCUCAUCAUGAAUGGAAGUUCGUGAAUGCUACUGGAUACCGCGUGAGCAAUACUGACAAGAAUGGGACCUCAUUCACGGCUCGCUACCUGCUACCAGCAGGUACAUUGGCCAUAUGGAAGACUACCUACUACCUUCCGGAAGGAAACGAGUCCACGGACACGAUUCGCGUUGAUGGCCCACUCGAUUCUCUAAACGCCACAAGUGGAACGACUGCCACAUCUGCCAUUCCGUCGAAGAAGUGGAAGACAGGUUGUGGAAAUGAUAAGGUUAUCAAAAUCAGGACAGAGGUGACCAUCGAAAGUAAGGGAGCAGGAAUACCCCAGAUUCGAGGAGCAACCGGCUACGACUCCUACUAUCGUUUUCAGCAAAUUUUGACUUACGAUUUGGAGAAAUGUGACUAG